AUGGGCUACACUUUGACUAUUUUGGGCUGCGGUGUUAUGGGCCAGGCUAUCUUAUCAGCCAUCUACAACGCACCAGCAGCAGCUGAAGAAACCAAAAUUUUUUACCCAGAAACAAUCGUCGCAUGCAACAACAGUCAAAGCUCAUCCAAUGCUGUAAAGGAGCUGGUUCAGUCGUUCGGGGACAGUCCAAAUGGCAUUGAAGUUGAGUACACUGUUGAUCAGAAUGCCGAGGCCGUGCAAAGAGCUGAAGUGAUCGUGCUGGCCACGAAACCUUUUUAUGUGGAACAGGUGUUGAAGGGCGUCGAUGUCGGCAAUAGACUCUUGAUUUCGCUCGUGGCAGGCUGGACGCUCGAGCAAUUCCAGCAAUAUGCUCCCGCUGUCACCAGGGUCAUGACCAACACACCCGCCAAGUUUGGCUACGGAAUGGCAGUGCUAUCGCAUUCUUCUGCCGUUUCCGACCAUAACAAGACUCUCGUAAAGGAGCUUGUUGGCCACGUUGGAAGCUGUAUUGAACUGCCCGAGAAAAACAUGGACGCUGCAACUGCCCUGGUUGGUUCCGGUCCGGCCUUUGUGCUGCUUAUGCUCGAAUCCCUAAUGGAGAGCGGUAUCAAAAUGGGAAUUCCUCUCAAGGAAAGUAAACAAUGUGCCAUCAAGGUUUUGGAGGGCACUGCGAAGAUGGUAGAAAAGACAGGCGCGCACCCCAGUGUUCUGAAGCACCAGGUGUGUACUCCAGGCGGUACUACCAUUGCUGGUUUGUGUAUGAUGGAGGAAAAAGGUGUCAGAAGUGGUAUCAUCAAGGGUGUUGAGGAAGCUGCUGCCGUUGCCGCGCGUCUGGGUAAGAAGUAA